AUGGAUGCUAUUUCAGUAAGCACAGGACGAAGAGGGAACCUCUCAGCAGUAACGGAUACGGAGAGCACUUGCGUCUUGAGGAAGAAAGUCGAGGGAAGGAAACUUUUGAAGAAAAAAUUAAAAAAUGCCGAGAAAGAGAAUGAUGAUCUUCGUCAGAUAAUCGAAGAAAAAGACCAACAAAUUGAAGAUCUUAAAAGAAAUGUGAGUUCCUUGAAUGACAUGAUCAACUCUGUGAAUGUAGAAAAUCUCGGGAGAGGAUCUUCGGUGGCCAGCACAAAAAUUAUGGAGCUUAGCAAGAAAAACCGGCAACUGGUAGCCGAACUUGAAGCUAUCAAAUCAAAGUAUUCAAAAUUAGAUGCUAAGCAUUCUAAACUAGAGAAAGAGUUAAAGCAGAGUACUCCCAAAAUUGAAUCAAAGGAUUCACUCAAGAAGGUUGCAUGCUGUAAUUCCGCUGGAAAACUAGAUCUAUUAACAGAGCAACUUACCUCAACAAAACAGAAACUCUUCGAUACCCUGAAUCAGAACACCGAACUCAAAAGCAGUCUCAAGCUGGCUCAAAAGUGCAUCCAACAAGAAAUCGGUGAAAACGUGAACCUCUCCAUUUUGUCAGCAUCAAAUUCAACAUGGCGAGGACGUGCCCAACAGAUAAUCUCCCUCCAAAAUAAAGUAGCCGAGUUGAAAGAACGCAUCGAAAUAGCAGCACUAGGUGACGAGCCCAUGAAGCAACAACUUAGAAAGUUCGAGGCCGCAAAGAAAGCAGAAAUUGAUGAAUUGAACCAAAAAAUCAAUGAACUCAGUGCAACUAUUGAGGACCAGAAGAAAAAGAUUAUUGCGUUGAAGACUCGUAAUAAAAAUCUUUGCGAUGAUGCCAUGAAUUAUAAACUGAAGACCCUUAAUUUGAUGGAGAAGUCUGGAUGUAGUGACAACUCCCUAACCGCACUUCAGGAGAAAAUGAACAUCCAGAAGUAUCAGUACGAGAGUAAGCUGGAAGAUUUGCGGAAGCAAAUUGAAAACAUUGAGGAACAGGUGAAACAAGCUGAAUUCGAGCACUCGCAAACUAAAGCACAAACGCAGAAUUUAGAAAAUAUUAUUCAGGAUAAAGAUCGUGUCAUUGACGAGCUCAAUGAACUUAUCAGACAGUUGGAAGAGGAUUUGAAAGCUGUUUGUGGUGACUUUCUGUUUUCAUGCCGUGAAUUCAAGAAGGAAGAAUUUGUUGCCAUCUUAGAUGCACUAGAACAGGAAAAACAAGCCUUGAUGAAGCACAUCUCUGAACUGAACCAACGGACCGAUGAAGAACGAGAAAAAGUUGGUAAUUUAACUGACCAACUUUCGAAACAAAGAGUUAAAUAUUGCCGUCUGGAAGCGAAGUAUAAGGAAAUGCAGAAGGAGCAAGAGCUUCAACAGGACAAAAAGAAACGCAGUCAAAGAGCAGCAGACUAUUCGCGAAGUUUGAGUGGAGGCAUUUCGACGUUGAUUUUUGAAAAUUCGAACGGUUGCCUCAUUGAUACACCUGUCUCGGGUGAUGGAUUUGAGUUGCAGAUUGAAGACUUGAAAAAUAAACUUGAGUUAGCCAACGAACGUAUCACAUUCCUAGAGGAAAAGUUCGCGCUUGUCACCAACGACUAUAAAACUGACACAGAAACUUUCAAUGAAAUCAUAAAUUCCUCAAAGAACGCAAUUCUGCAAAUGAUUUUAGAGAAUCGUAGAUCAAAAUGUACCCUCAAUGUAUCCGACAGUUUGAAGGAGCAGCCCUGUCCACGGGACGAUUUCCAGUCAGACUCCCUUGAAGGGUCGAACAACUGUUCACGUAUAUUCCCACAGGACAAAAUUGAUCAAUGA